AUGACCCGUAUGAAACCCGGCGUGUUUUCAUGGGAGGAUGUAUUGGCUCAACGAUUUCAGAGCAACAAGCCUCCUCCUCUUCUCCGCAGCCAAAGCAUACAAGCCCCCCAAGCACAGCCACAGAGCCGCCUUCUCGCACGGCUAUCACCGGAGCUUCGCCUCAUGAUCUGGGAAUAUGUACUAGGAGGUCAACGAAUACACAUAAUCCAGCGCAGCCAGCAGCGACUCGGGCACGUAGUAUGUCCGAGUCCGCUCCACAAAGGGACCGAAACAUCAUCGAAGCACCACGCACGUCGGAACAGCGACCAGUUCUGCGACAUUUGCCAUGGCACCGGCAUCCCGCAGCCGGCGAAAGAGGGCGAUCUCGCACGAAGCAGAAAUAAGGUUAUGCUACUAGGUCUGGCGUUGACAUGUCGGCAGAUGUAUGGCCAAGACCACCCCAACCCAACCCCAUAA